AUGAGUGAUGUCCCCAACCAGUCACAUGGCCAACCAGCCAUGCCUACCCAGCCAGAGAACGGGUUGGUGAAUAUCAUCCCGAUAAUAGCCAAAGCGGACACCAUUGCCAAGAACGAGUUGCAUAAAUUCAAAAGCAAAAUCAUGAGCGAGUUGGUGAGCAACGGAGUCCAGAUUUACCAGUUUCCAACUGACGAGGAAACAGUAGCUGAGAUUAAUGCCACAAUGAGCUCUCAGGUUUAUCGCCAUGGUGACCGAUCUCCCCUCAGCACCUACCCUACAGAUCCCCACAAAGCAGCAGCCUGGCCACAUGGUUUCCAGCAGCUGAGUGAGGUGGGCAUUUUGCAACAGAAGGCUCUGGGGAAAUUCCUCCGGGAGAGAUAUGCUGGAUUUUUGAGCCCUUCCUACAAACCACAAGAAAUCUACGUCCGCAGCACCGAUUAUGAUCGCACCAUCAUGAGUGCCCAAGCCAACCUGAUGGGACUCUAUCCAAAUUCACAUCCAGAGAUUCCUUGGAAACCUGUUCCCAUCCACACUGUGCCUACUAAGUAUGACAAAGUAAGUGAACACAAGCCGUAUGUGGUCCAUUAA